AAGAGGAAAGAGGAAGGAUGACUUACUGUACAAUGCCAUUUGUACUAAAAUAAUACCUGGAAUAAUAUAAUGAGUGAUAUUCGUUAACUAGGCAGCCGCAUUCAUUAAUGAGCUUAAUUUCACCAUGAUGGUUUACAUUUCAGCCAGACAAGUUACUACUGAACUGGCUGGAGAAUGAUGGCAGAGGGUGAGAGUGAGAGUUGGUAUAGGAAGAAUUUGAAAAAUGAUUUUUAUUUUUUAUUUUUUGAGAUGGAGUCUUGCUUUGUUGCCCAGGCUGGAGUGCAAUGGCGCAAUCUCAGCUCACUGCAACCUCUGCCUCCCAGGUUCAAGCAAUUCUCCUGCCUCAGCCUCCCGAGUAGCUGGCAUUACAGGUGCACACCACCAUGUCUGGCUAAUUUUUGUAUUUUUUUGGUAGAGAUGGGGUUUCACCAUGUUGGCCAGGAUGGUCUCGAACUCCGGACCUAGUGAUCCACCCUCCUCAGCCUCCCAAAGUGCUGGGAUUACAGGCAUGAGCCACCACACCCAGCCGAAAAAUGAUUUAAUAAGCAACAUUAAGAAAUCAGAUUGGUUAAGAGGAAAGGGUUUAAUGAGGCACCCAAAGUAUCUAUUCCCAUGCUCUAUGCCCAGAGACAGCUGGGGUGUUCUCCUCCAAGCUCUGUUGUCUUUUCUCUUUGGAGUAACUGGGGAGGUGUUUCUCUGGGUCUUCCUUCUGCCCCCAGGAUCCUGUGCUCUCUGGGUGUCCCAGCCCCCUGAGAUUCGUACCCUGGAAGGAUCCUCUGCCUUCCUGCCCUGCUCCUUCAAUGCCAGCCAAGGGAGACUGGCCAUUGGCUCCGUCACAUGGUUCCAAGAUGAGGUGGCUCCAGGGAAGGAGGUGAGGAAUGGAACCCCAGAGUUCAGGGGCCGCCUGGCCCCACUUUCUUCUUCCCGUUUCCUCCGUGACCACCAGGCUGAGCUGCAUAUCUGGGACGUGCGAGGCCAUGACGCCGGCAUCUACGUGUGCAGGGUGGAGGUGCUGGGCCUGGGUGUCGGGACAGGGAAUGGGACUCGGCUGGUGGUGGAGAAAGGUGAGAUGCUGGGAGGUGGUGUCUCCUCCUGGCUAGAGACCCCAAGAGGCAAUGUCCUUGGGAGUCAGGGAUGCUCCUCUGAGGCCCCUACCCUCCCUGAGCCUGUGUGCACUUCUUCCCCAACCCCCUUCUCCAUUGCCCCAUGCAGAACAUCCUCAGCUAGGGGCUGGUACAGUCCUCCUCCUUCGGGCUGGAUUCUAUGCUGUCAGCUUUCUCUCUGUGGCCAUGGGCAGCACCCUCUAUUACCAGGGAAAAUGUCACUGUCACAUGGGAACACACUGCCACUCCUCAGGUGGCCCCUGAGGAGUGAUUCCAGAGCCCAGAGGUCCCUAGUCCUCUUCAAAAGACCCCAAUAAAUCACUGUCUGCCCCACCACUAACUCCUCCUUAUGAGUCUCAAGUGUUUUCUUCUCCAUUCUCCAGAUGCCAAAUCUACUCUCUCCGGAUUUCCCCAGCUCUGAACUCUCCCUUCCACCAGGUCUGACCUGGAAAGGUCCAAGAAGGCAGCUUCCGGCUGUGGUCCCAGGGCCCCUCCCACCACCAUGUGGGAGCUCAGCACACCUGCUUCCCCCAGUCCCAGGAGGCUGAGCCUGAUUGUCUUGAGAAAUGGGAAGGAUCAGAUAUGACUCCUCCUUGGCAACUGCCCUUUCCUGCCAGGCCCACACAUACCCUCCUCUGGCUGUCAGGGGAGCUUGGGUCCAUGAACACUCUCUCUCACCCAGUAAAUUACUACUUGACCCCAGAGUGGGUGGAAGGGUGA